AUCGUUCAUCGUCUUCCCCAACAAUCGCAGAGAGAAAUUCAUUUCCAUCACAAAUGGAGUUUGAUCUGUUGAUACAAGUUGCUUUGAUCUCCAUCACCGUCUUCAUGUUCUUAUGGAUGCAAAAUAUUCCCCAAAAUCUCUUCGACAAAAUCCGUUACAGAGAUCGAACUAGCUACGCCGCCAAGCGCCACUUCGUUCUCGGCGCUGAACUCUUAGCUAAAUCCAGAUCCACCACAGACCGCACCACCUCCAAUAAGCUAGCCAAAUCAGCCGCCGAACAAGCCGACGAAUCGAUCUCGCUGAAUCCAAAGGACGCCGCACCACAUAUUCUAAAAGCAUUAGCUCUUGAUUCCCAAGGAUUCACGACGUCAGCUUUGGAUGCGUUGGACGUCGCGUUGUCGCCCUUGGCUGUCAAGUCGUUGAGCGACGGCGAGAAAGGCGAUGCGUUGUAUAAGAGGGCGGAGAUUAAGGUGAAAGCGAGUGGUAAGGGAGAUGGAGUUGAGUCGGCGUUGGCGGAUCUGGUGGAAUCGGUGCGGUUGAAGGCGGAUAACGCGGCGGCGUUGCGGUUGUUGGGGGAAUGCUACGAGAAGAAAGACAUGAAAGAGGAGGCGGUGAAGGCUUACAUGGGUGCAGUCAAGAUCGAGCCUGACUCGAAGGUGGCUCGAGACGCCUUGGUGCGCUUGGGUUCCACGUAGUGACGCACAAAAGAGGGAAUAAGAAUAACAUGGUUGCAUUAUGUUGUCGUUUAAUUUUUCUAAGUAUUUUUAUUAAAAUACAAAAAGCCACGCCUUUGUGGGGAAAAAAGGGGGCUGUUGGGCUGUUUUUUCAUUAAGCCCCGAAUAGAGUAACUUAUCUGUAUGGAUUAAUUGUUGUUCGGAUAACAAUUUAAAUAUUUUACUUAUUGGACGUCAAUUAAAAUAAUUGUCAAGGUUAUUGUUAGAGUCUC